AUGGGCGGAGCUGAUCACUUAACAUCAGUUAGAAUGGAAGCUCUAGAAAACAAUGCAUUUGAGGAAGAUAUCUCACAUCCUAAAAAUGAAUAUCACCCUUACUUUAUUGCAAUACCAUGGGACGAUCGAACUAGAAAUAGUAAAAUAUAUGUCGUCGUUUUAAUGACUGCCAUAUUUGUUGUUACAAUGGGUUUAGUGAUUAAUAAUCUUAUCAUGCACUACAGGGGCUUCGACUCGCUAAUUUCGAAAAGUGAGUAUUCAAAGGUGGAUUGCAAUUUAGUUAAAGUCGAUACAUAUCGUUUUGUUGCUAGAUUACAUUCAGUAACAACAAAAGAACUUAUUUGUGUUGGGGCAGUUCUCUCUUCUAGCUCCGUUUUGGCGAACGAACUUUGUAUUCGGUCUGGUAGCGUUCGUCUAUAUUUAGGGAGUGCAACCGACCCUUUCUGUAAAAAAGGAUUUCCUGUUGAUGCUAUUGACGUGAUACCUCAUGAGGGUAUCGUUACAAAGGCCUUAGUUGUGUUAACCACUUAUGGAGAUUUGUCGAAGUGUUCCAAGCCAAUUAAAUUAGUAUAUGCUAGUAUUGAAGCUAAACUGCAAGCAUAUGUGAUUGGCAGGCCCUAUCGUGGCGGUCGCUCAUUGUCAGUCCAACUUGCGACUGUGAUCACAAAUCCCGAUGAAAUUUCCAUAGACUGGCAUGAUCACUUCAAAAAAAAGAAUAUCAUAUGUGUAAAGGACCUAGAGAACUGCCCGAUAAGGGCCGGCGAUCUUCUAGUUCAAAAUGAACGGCUGUAUGGCUUAGCCUCAACGAGCGCAUACGACAGAGCAAAAACUAAAUUUGCAUGUUUUGCAAAUAUCAAACGUGUGUACUACCAGAUAAAAAUGCUACAUACUAGAACAUUCUAAUUAUUUUACAAAAUAUAAUUCAUUUUCACUAUUAUGCACAACGUAUUUAUAUGUUAUACGUAUAUGCAAUAUGUAAAAAUGUUAUGGUGUCAUUUGUAGCGUGUUCCAUAUUUCAGAUUUGUUUUUAUACGACUUGAUAUGUCUAAAUGUAUAGAACGUCAUUGAUUAAAGUAGCUAAUUUUAUUAAAUUAAACAAUAAAAGACUGAUUGAUGAAAUUAUAUUUUAUUAUAACAAUAAGUUUCGUUAAUUAUGUUUGUGUCCGCGACUAUAUCUGCGUUUAUAACGGUGAUGGAAAACUCUUAUAGAUCCGAGAUCAACUUCCUCUGGGGCCGUGAAUUUCUUCCAGUCCCUACUAACAUA